CUGUAAUAUAUAAAAGCUGUUAGUAGCUCCUGUAGCCAGCAGCUUCAAAACUAGCAGACUUUUGUUCUUUGAGGGUUUGUAAUAAGACACAAUCCUCAUUACAAUGGUUCACACUACAGCAUAAGAAAGAGCUGUAUAAAUUGGGAUCACAGUAUACUGUACUGAUUUUUGGUAUUACACAGAGAUCUGCCCUCUGCUCUCCUGUCUUAAAGCUGAGCAACCCUCUGGCCUAUCUUCCUCCCUUGGCCCUAAAAUGACAGUAAUCUCUGCAAUCAGUUGUGCCUUCUUAUUUUUCAUUCUCUGUGAAACAAGUGCAAUAGCAUUACCCAAUUCCACUGACCUAUUCCUCUCAAACAAAAAUUUCACUGACAUUGAAGCAGCUUUGGCAGCUCACUUGGACUCUGCAAAAAUCCCCAAAGUCAGGCGGAAGCGGUACAUUUCACAGAAUGACAUGAUUGCCAUCCUCGAUUAUCAUAAUCAAGUCAGAGGCAAAGUCUUUCCACCUGCUUCAAACAUGGAGUAUAUGGUUUGGGAUGAAACUCUUGCCAAGUCUGCAGAGGCUUGGGCUGCAACAUGCAUUUGGGACCAUGGACCUUCCUACUUACUGAGAUUUUUGGGCCAAAACCUGUCUGUAAGAACUGGAAGGUAUCGAUCCAUUCUUCAGCUGGUAAAGCCAUGGUAUGAUGAAGUGAAAGACUAUGCUUUUCCAUAUCCUCAGGACUGCAACCCUAGAUGCCCUCUGAGAUGCUAUGGACCCAUGUGCACACAUUAUACACAGAUGGUUUGGGCCACUUCCAAUCGUAUAGGCUGCGCAGUCCACACAUGCCACAAUAUGAAUGUCUGGGGAUCUGUUUGGCGACGAGCUGUUUACUUGGUAUGCAACUAUGCCCCAAAGGGCAACUGGAUUGGAGAAGCACCAUAUAAAGUAGGAGUCCCGUGUUCCGCUUGCCCUCCUAGUUAUGGAGCUGCUUGUACUGACAAUCUUUGUUUUCCAGGAAUAACAUCAAACUACUUAUAUUGGUUUAAAUAAGUUAACAGAAGUUUACAUUAUUUUUAAAUAAUAUGGCUGAGUAACAAAAGCUUGUAUAUUGAAUUUUGCACAUAUUAUAUAUAUAUAUAGUAAUAAUACCCUUGUUUUCUUUUUAUAUCCUUUUGCAUAAUUAGCUUUCAGAGUACAGUAUAGAUUCAUUUUUAACUCUUUGGAAUUUAUAACUAUAAUUCUCCAUUUCAGGCCAUGAUCAUGUAGAGAAGGAUAACCUUAUAUCAUCUUAAGAAAGUGUAACUUCCUAAAGAAUAUGUUCUGUUUGAUAUUAAAAGAAAAUUUAAAAGGGCACUGUCAACUUAAGUCUAAAAUAUGACCCUUCCCUUUGAAAUUAUAGAUAUAGAUAGAUAAUGGCCACUGGCAACUACAUCAGUGCUUUAAAAAUGAAAAAUGUUCAAAUGUACAAAAAAAGUACCCCCCCCUUCCACACCUACAUUGUCCUCAUCUUGCAAAUGGCUACUCCCAUUUGCACUUAUGCUUACUCCUGCAUAGUCAAUGGGACUCUGAGCAAGAGUAAACAUAUGUGCAGGAGGAACUCCAGUAUUCAGCCUUAUGUUAGCUCCCCCAUGCACAACAGUGAUUAACUUAAGGUAUUUCAAGAGUUCCACACGUGGCUGCUGCUAUCAUCAAUGAUGCCUGUGUGGAGAUAGAGAAGUAAAGAAUAGGGAGCCAUGCUGGCCUUUGUACCACUAAGAAAUAUGAUGGAACUGCAAGUGUUCACCAACCAGACUAAAGCUUUGUCUAAUCUAUAAAGUUGUAUCACUUUAACUAUACUGUAUAGUUAACAUUGUAGAACCCCAUUAAUGUGGAUGCAGUUAUAUUGGUUUAAAGGCACUCUUUACCAGUGUAACUAUUCCAUAUGGGAAGGGGAAUAACUAUAUUGGCAUAAGAUACCUUUAUACAAGUAUAACUGGAUCCAUACUAGGGCUUUUACCUGUUAAAUAUGUUAGUAAAAAAAAAAAAUCACAUCCCUAGCUGAAAUAGUGCUACAGGUAAAACUUCCAAUCAGGCCUAAGUGUUGCACAAUUUUGACUAACGGGUAUCCCAAAUAAAAAGUACAAAGUGAAAAGGGAACUUUUAUUUAAAAAAAGGGGGGGGGGGAUUUUUUAACAGUGUGCAACAAAAAAACAGAAUCUGUAAAACAGUUGACAGAGUCCUUUAAACAAUAUGGUGAAGCUAUUUCCUGAAGUAUCUUUAUAAACCAGCGAAGAAAAAUAUAUUUAUUCUCCCCCCCAAAAAGCAAACUUCUUGUGGGAGCUAAGUAGAAAAUUUAUGGAGAAAGGGACUACAGCUGAAAC